AGUGGAUAAACUGUCCAUUCGGGCCAAGGUCAUUGAGGUUGAUGGCCUGGAAGCCCGUGACGUGGUAGCCCAUGCAAAACAUGUUGAACACCGUCUCCAGGGUGUAGAACAGGAACAGCACGGGGCGCAGGGCUCCGGGCAGUUGGCUCCGGCACGUAGACCCAAGCAGAACCCCGACCAGAAAGGUAACCCACGAUGCGCUCUUCCAAGUGGCCGCUUCCGCUGCUGGUGCUGCUCACCUGCCAGGUGCUCCUCCUUCUCCCAAUCCGGCAGGCGAGAGGCGAAGAGAGCCACUGCACCUCGGUGGCCGGGAUGGUGAAGCUGCUCGAUCUGGAGGCCCAGCUCAUCGAAAACCUGGAGGACUACGCCGUCGAGCUGGAGAAGAAGCUGGAGACCGUGAGAAGGAGCUUAGCCAGCUUACGUUUGGAAAAUGAUAGAGCCCGUAGCUCCACGGAGGAGUAUCUAUCCAACCCGCUGAACUCUUUUUCCCUCAUUCGCCGCAUGAAUCGCGACUGGAUGAUAUGGCAGCUCUAUAUGGAAGAUCCCACCGGUCUUUCACAGGUGGAAAAGAUUCAGGAACUGAGGGAGCAUAUGCCCACCAACACGGAUGUGGAGGAGGCUGUCACUGCCCUGGAUCGAAUUCAGAGUACAUAUGGCCUCAAGGUAUCUCACAUUGCCCAUGGCCUGCUCAAUGGAAAGCAGUACAAUGUGAGUUUCACAGCGCUGGACACCUAUGCCAUGGGUCAAAUACUUUUUGACCAGGGAAACUAUUUCGCAGCUGCCAGCUGGCUCUAUCAAUCGGUUGUUUUGAUGGAGGUCUAUAAACUGCCUGCUCCUCUGGAGCUUUCCAAGAACGAAGUGCAAAUGGUCUAUGCCGAAUGCCUGCUAAAACUGAACCAGAACGCGGAUGCCCUGAAAGUUGUCAACAUUGCACUGACUGAUAAGCCACAUGAUAUUAAACUUUUGCUGAAGAAGUCGGAAAUCGAAACGUUGAUAAGGACGGGCACCAGCAGUGCGCCCCUGUCGAAGAGAACAUUGCAGGUUCAGGGAACAGGGACUCCAACCGCCUACCAGAGGGGCUGCCGAGGUGAGUUCCCAGCGUCCGCGGAUGGCAGGCUCCACUGUCGCUAUAAUAGCACUACCUCGCCCUUCCUGAUCCUGGCUCCCCUCAAGAUGGAACUGGUGGGUCUGGAUCCCUACAUGGUGCUGUACCACGACGUGCUCUCCGACAAGGAAAUAGAGGAACUGCAGGGCAUGGCCACUCCGGGCUUGCAGAGGGCCACUGUCUUCCAGGCCUCCUCCGGCCGCAACGAGGUGGUCAAGACCAGGACCUCCAAGGUGGCCUGGUUCCCCGACUCCUUCAGCCCCCUCACACUUAGGCUCAAUGCCCGGAUCACCGACAUGACCGGGUUCGAUCUCAAUGGCUCCGAGAUGCUGCAGCUGAUGAACUACGGGCUGGGCGGCCACUACGACAAGCACUACGACUUCUUCAACCAGACGAACUCUAAUUUAACUGCCAUGAGUGGCGAUCGGAUUGCUACAGUACUAUUUUAUCUGACGGAUGUGGAACAAGGAGGAGCCACCGUCUUUCCAAACAUUCAAAAGGCCAUCUUCCCCCAACGCGGAUCGGUCAUAAUGUGGUACAAUCUAAGGGACGACGGAGUACCAGACACUCAAACUCUUCAUGCCGCUUGCCCAGUUAUAGUGGGUUCCAAAUGGGUUUGCAACAAAUGGAUUCGAGAGCGACAACAGCUAUUCCGCAGACCUUGCCUGAAAAAACGAAUGUGAUUCUCAAGUACUAUUUUAGAAAAGUGAUAAUUUACGACCACUAAGAAACUCAAUAAAGUCAAGCCAAAAUCGA